CUCUAAAAAUGAUAUCCUUUAGUCAAAGAGAUUCCAAAGUUUGGACAGCAGCAGAAACUGACACAAUUGGACCAGGAGCUUAUGAAAAUUCAGGAGUUAGCCCCAGAGAAUGUCAUAAUCAUGGAGCAGUCCCUUUUGGAGGAUGAGGGGAAAGAUUUAAGAGCGAAUUGGCAAUGAAAUUUGAAGCCUUGCCUGGGCCAGGACAUUAUCAAGAAUUUCAAGUUCCUAAAAAGAAGCAGAAUUCUUCUUUCAUAAGCUCAACUAGUCGUUAUAGUAAUCCAAGAUCAAGACCGAGCAUGCUCAGACCAAACAUUGAUGAAUUAUCUAUCACAAGUACUGUUGAUGACUCUAAACUGAGAUUAUUUUCAAGCGAUAAUAUAGAACACAACAACUCUCCAAAGAAGAAGAGACUGAUCAGAACAAGAAAUAAUCCAUCACUGUCUCAUUCUAAAACAGCUAUUUCAAUUCCUUUUAAGAAAGAAGAUGAUAAUUCUAAUAGUGUUGGGCCUGGCUAUUAUGAGCCUAACAUAUCUGCUGUUCAUAAGAAAGUUCCUUAUACUAAAAUUAUGAAGGAUACUCUGCAUAAUAGACAAGGAAAUAUAAACUUUGUUCGAAGAAUUGUCAAAACUGUAAGCAAACCAAAGAAUCCAGCUGUUCAUGAACAGAUUGCCACCCAUAAAUUAGAUAAUGAGAAUGCCGUAUUUUCUUCGCGAACAAGUAGGAAUCCAGAUAUAAAACCAACUCCUGGUCCUGGGCUGUAUAAUUCAGAGUUUGAUCACACUUAUGUUAAAAAUCUCCCUGAAGGUUUUGGAAGUACGACUGAGAGAGAGUACUUAAUGAACAGAAAUAUCUUUGAGGCUCCUUUCUCUGAUCCAACUUCUACUUUCAACCCUGGAGUGGGUACAUAUAAUAGAAGGAGAAAGCACAGAAAAGAACAUUCAGAAAAUAAAAUUAAGAAGAUGCAAGAUAGUUUGAACCAAAAUAGAGCUAUGACUCUGGCAAAUGCAAAACUUCUUAACAAAGAUAGAAGUAUUAAUGAAUCUAAGAACCAAAAGGCAGAUCCACCAGGCCCUGGACAAUAUGACUGCGGGUUUAGAGAGGAACUAAAGAUGCUAGAUCACAAGCUCUCUGCAAGAUAUAAGAAAGUCCCAUUUGGAUCCUCUAGCAAAAGAUUCAAGCUGGAAAAGUGCCAAGAAAACAUCAAGAAGAAUAGAAAAAUUACGCUAAGAAAUACUAAUUUCAAUACUUCCAAUGAUACUAACGAGUCAAUUCUCCAGCAGAAAAAGAAUCGCAAUAAGCAAGUGACUGAAAGAAUAAAACAAAUAAAUAAAGUAAAGCCAUCCCACAUGUUCAAGUCUCAAUCUCAAAGAUUAGAGAAUCCUAAGAAAAACUACCAUUCAUCUGAAAGGAGAUUCCAAGCUGAUGUGCUCAAGAACAACAUCUUCUCCUAAAAAGCCCACAAAGAAAAACUAAACAAAACCAACAGCUGUAUCCUCCUCAAACCCCCCAUCUUCUACGGUUCCCAAAAAUGCGGCUUCAACAUCCUAUCCCCUCGCUUCACAAGAUCCAAGUCCAAAUUCUCGCCUGGCCCUGGCGAAUACCUAAAAUCCCCCCUAAACCCCCCUCCAAACCCCUUCCAACCCCCAAAUCUCUUCGGCACUUCUCCCCGCUUAUCCCCUUCUCACCGCCUAAAUUCCCUACCUCACUCGUACACCACUCACAAGUCCAUGGUCAAGAAGUCAUUUAAUAAGCUGCUAUC